AUCUCAGAAAGGCGCCUAUCUGUAGUCAGAAGCUAAGACGGCACAUUCAGCACCACCUUAAAAGAGACAAAGCAGGGAGUGUUUGUUCGGGUGUCAGUUUUCUCCUCUUGGCUCUUAAAACCACGUGUGUUUGGCUGCCUGCCCACUGUGGAGUUGCAUACAAAUAUUGACAGAACACAGUGAUAUUUGUUAAGCUGGAUCUUGGGAAGUGAAUGAUUAAAACUCUGAAGGAAUCUGAGAACUUCAGACCUUUCCUCCUCCCUCUUCUCGGUAAUCUUAACAGUGUUUAACAGAGUGAAAGUGAAAAUGCUGUUUGGUCAAAUGAGAGCCCUGACCUUCUUUGCCUCUGCUUUGCCAUUGCUGUAGGAGAGAGAAGACAUCUUUGUCGUUGUUCCCAAUCCUGAACCAUGAGGGCAAUACCCAUAUCUGACAUUGCACCUCCAGCGUAAGCAUAAAGAUGCCAGAGAAGCGUUGAUGUCUCCUUGACAAUUCUUUACAAACACAAAGACUACAUAAUGAUGGAUGGACCUACUGAGGGGUCAACUUUCCAACAUAGUCAAGCAAUAACACCGAAGGACAAAUCAAAAGAGCUACUGUACCAGAGGGAUUUGUGAGACUGGGCACCACAGCUGAAAAAGCCAUCUUCCUAGUCGUCACCCACCUUAUCUCUGAAGGUGGAGGUGCUUUGAAAGGGCCUCAGCGGAAUCUAACAUCAGGCAUGGAAGCUGGUGCUUUUUAAGUGCAAAUAGCAAAAACCUGGCAUUUCUAGUAGACCACACAAUAAAGAACGUCCAGCCAUGGACAAAAGGCAUCUAGUGAAAAAGGAGUUUAGCAAAAGAUUCUCUUUAGACAGCAGUCUCAUGCCAAAUAAAGUAAUUUUUCAGCAUGAAGACACAUGGCUUCUACAAACACCUGGUAUAAACUAUGAAGGCCAUAUAAAUAAGGAAUAUAUGGACACGAAUAGAUACAUUGACCAUUUGCUGACACAACUGGAAGAGCAGCGGUGGGAUGUGUGGAGGGAGAAGCUGUCUGUGGCUCGUCUACAGCAGGAAGUUGCACGAAGUAAGAGUGACAGAACAAUGCGUGAGAAGCUGAUACAUGAGUUGGAGGAAGAGCGACAUUUGAGACUUGAAAGUGAAAAGAAAUUACGAGAGGUGACACUGGAAUCUGAGCGCAACAGGGUUCAAAUGCGAGGAUUGCAACAACAGUUUUCAAGAAUGGAAGAGACGGUGAGGAAUCUACUGCAAAGUCAAGGAACACCGGAGCCAAAUGACGAGAAACCUGUUACUAUAAUAAAGGCAUAUCAGGAAAAAUUCACUCAAGAGGGCAAGAGAUGCAAAACAGCCAUGGAAGAUAUUUGCAUAUCAGUAGAUAAAGAUACAAGGAAUGAAAACAGCAGAACUGAUGAAGAAAAGGAGAAGACAAAAUCAUUGCUUGAACGGCUGAAGGCUUUAAAGGCAGAGAAUUCCGCACUGGCCAUGGAAAAUGAAAAUCAGAGAGAACAGUAUGAACGUUGUCUUGAUGAGGUAGCCAACCAAGUUGUACAAGCACUGCUUACUCAGAAGGACCUGAGGGAGGAAUGCUUAAAGUUAAAAACAAGAGUUUUUGAUCUGGAACAACAGAAUCGAACACUUAGUGUGCUAUUCCAGGAAAGAAUGAAACCAACAUCUGGGCUACUGCUUCAGAAACUUCAUUCGCACAUCUUAGAUCUGUCAUCUGGGGAUUUCCUUUCAGAGGUGGAAAAGAACAGAAGUUUGAUUCAAUCCCGAAGUGCUGAUGUUCAAGUUCAUGAAUGUCAGCAGAAUAUGAAAUCUGGAGUACCUGCCUUGAAGUGCCAGAGUCAGUUAAAUAUGACGGGGCCUCACCAAGUUUAUCCUCAAAGCAGCUGCAGCAGCAGUGAACUCUCUCUGUCAAGCACUUGCAGUGAAUAUUCCAGUGGCUCCUCCUACACUUGGAAUGAUGGGAAAACAUGUAGUAAAAGGUCGUCAAUAAGCUUGGAUAAAAGAAUAAGCGUUGGCUCUUCGCUUCCCAGCAACCUUUCCGGUCCUGCUGAUGAUCUACCUCCAACUCGUAUCAAGGAAAACCACAUUUUGGAAGGGCUAAAGAAGCUACAAAAGCGAAAAAUAUUACUUGAACCACCGUCUGUUAUAUCCAAAUGGGGAUACAAGGAUUGCAUGGAUUCUAAUGAAGGAAUCUACUCCCCUGGCAUUAAGUGCAGCAGUCAUACAGAAGAGACCCAUUGCCCAGCAGAGGAAAUGGAGCCCAUUUGCACUGAGCACCAGAAAACCUUUGUGUAUGAUUCAGAUUCUCAUGAGGACACAGAUGAUGAGUCUUCAUUUUUAGGAUUGCUGCAUCAAGUACCAAGCAAAGACUGUAGGCACUAUUGUAAUAAAUUAACUCACAGUAUUUCUGACAACCUAUUUGGUUGGGAGCCUGAUAGAAAGCAUUUGCCAGAAAGAGGUUCUUAUUUUAAUUCGAAGGAAAGGCCUGAAAAACUGACUAGUUUUGUCAAUGAAUUUCAGUCAAUGGCAAAAUCAUGCACAAAUGUGAAGCUGCCUGUUUUGCAGAUGGAUACAAGUCUUGCUAACAUAAGCUGGAGAGACCUUAAUUUACACCUUUCAGAUACUGAUGACAAUGAAAUCCUGGAUGAAUUACAUAUAGAAAGCAGUGAUGAAAAAAGCACAUCAGAUUUGUCAUUAACUCCCUUUGUUGACAAGCACACAGAGAACUCUGAUGUGCAUGUAAAGAAGCAAAAUUUCCAGUAUGUAUCUUCUGAAAAAGAAGCAAAUCAGGUACCCGCUUAUUCAGGAAUUAGGCCAAAGGCAUGUAAUUUCAUUAAGCAACAAAAAGUAAUAAAGAAGACUUCUUCAGAAGAAUGCAUUACUGUAAUAUUUGAUGCUGAAGAUGGGAAGCCUAUUGAAUUCAGUUCACAUCAAACUGGAGUUGUCACUGUAACUAGAAAUGAAGUUUCAAUCAACCACCCAUGCGCUGGGCCCAAUGCGGAUUACACUGAAUGCUUACCUCAGGGAAUAGCUGAUUUGCAAAAACCAAUGGAUGCUAAAAACUACAGCAUCUUGCAAGUACCUAAUAAUGAAACUGAGAAAAACACUCUCCAAGAUAACUUGGCAAACGAAGAUGCAGUUGCCCCUACUAUGUACAGCAACAGAUCUUCUUUACACCUCAAGAGGUCCAUGUUUCAGAAUAACCCACAGCAAAAGCUAAUGAACCCAGAUUGUAGUAUUUCUUCCAAGGCCAGCUCUCCAUCUUGUAUGCAGGCAGGUAGCAACCAAAAACGAAAGUUGACUAAAAUUCCCAGAAGUAAGUUUUCGCCACAGAAAAUGAAAAACACAAUGAGUAAAGCUUAUACUACCAGUUCUUCACAUUGUGCUAUCACGCUGGAGAAAUCUCCAUUGUCUCCUACAAAACGUUCAAGAUUCAGUAAAGUGCAGGGUCCAACUGAGAAUGCUGAUUCAAAAUUAGAUUUGGUUGUUUCAAGUGCCCUCUCUUCACAAAAUUCUAAAAUUCUGAGCAGAACAGAUUGGCCCAAGAAUCAGCUUCCCGAAUCAACUUCAUUGCCCCAGCAUCUUGUAGAAUCCUUUGACCGUGAAGAGCCACCAACUAGAGAUAUCCAUUGUGAUGUGUCUGCUAUAGAAGCCAGUUCUCCAUCACCACCUCCUCCUCCAGGCAGGACAAAAUCACUAUUGAUAAGACCAAACUAUGGACAGUCAACACCUGUACCCAGUAAGCCAGGGGCAAGCAUUUGCAGUGAGACAGUAAAAUGUGUAGGCACAUUAUCACCACUAAAAGCAUCAUCAAAGUCUGUUUUUCAUAAUAUGCAUGAAAUGCAAACCAGCAAGCUCCCUUCACCUAAAGGUGAAUUAAAUCACUUGCACGGCAAGAGAGAGAAGUUUACACAAAGCAAAUGCAUAUCAGAGAAACACCCCACAAUGUGUCAAGGCACUCCCAAAGUGUUUACAAAGAAAUUUUCUCUGAAAACCUCAAACCAGUCAGUAUCCUGCAAUAAUAAAGAUUUUCAUAAUUCCAAGGAUGUCCCCCUGACCUGCAUACCACAAGAUAUGGAUCCAGUGCAAAAUGGACUAUUGUCUAAGGACAAUGAAGUACCUCAGAAACAUAAACUUCCAAACAGCUUCUCCACAUCACCAGAUUGUCACACAGCAAUGACUGGGGAAUCUUUUCUGCCUCAGAUUAAUCACCCCCCAUUAUCGUUGUUGUCUCAGGGCAGUGAUGUUGGAAACAUACCAGACAAGGGUCUGAAGCCACAUCUGCCUAUAGGACUUAAAUUACUCAUAAAAUCUCCUCAGCUCCUCAGAAAGAGCUCUGCUAUACCAGGAAAGCAGGAGAAAGAUAGUAUGAAUGCAGCCUCCAAAGGCUGUGUGAAUUCAAGUAAACAGAGGCAGGAUGAAUCUUUAGCUCAAACCACCAUAGAUGUGGCUGGCACUGAAUUAAGGAGUGUUGGGAAUGAAAUAAAAGGAAGUUUUGCUGAGGAUUUUAGUACAGAUCCAGCUUCCUCUGUUUCACCUGAAUCUUGCUGCUUAAUAGAACGAGGAGAUGUAUUAGAGAACCGAUUAGUUAAGAGAUCCAUUUCUUCUAGUAAUAAGCCAUACUUGAAACCUGCCCUUGGUAUGAAUGGAGCAAAAGCCCGAAGUCAAAGUUUCAGUAUUCACACAGCAGAAAAAUCUCCUAUACCUCCCACUGAAGGGUUAGGAAAAGUUCGGACACAGAUUAUAACAAAUACAUCUGAAAGAGGGAAUUCUUUAACAAGGCAGAACUCGAUUAUGGAAGGAUUACAAAUCAGAGCUGUUCCUGGAUCAACAACGUUGAUGGAUACUGUUUCAAGUACAACAAAAGUUCCAGAAAUCUCUUAUGCUACACAGGGUUCUUCCGGAAGUAUGAGUAGUUCCAGUAGUCAGGUUGGUAGCCCAAGCAAACCACCAUUCCAUGUGUCUCCAAAGGGGGAUUUAUUUUGCAGUAUUUCAAAAAAUGAGGGCAGCAAAUCACCAUCUCAGAAAGAUGUCCAAAGUAAAUCUGUCUAUGAUGAAAAAGCCAGUGAAAUUUCCAAACAUCAACCAGUAAGCAAAAAAAGUGUUACACAAGCAAAAAUGACAUUGGAGUCAUCAACUAGUAUUUCAUCAGAACAAAUUCUGCCACUUCAGAAAAAUAUGGACAGCACGCAGUGUCCUCAUAAACAUGAAGCAGGCAAGAUAGUAUUGCAGGAAUCCUGCUUAAAGGCAUCAGAAGCCUCAGAGAAUGUUUCAGCUUCCUCUGCUUCACAGCCCACAAUAGAAGAAAAAGUCAUGUUGUGCAUCCAAGAAAAUAUGCAGAAGGGACAAGGGCAAAGCAAAUCCCCUAUCACUGAGACAAAACAAAAGAGUGGGGGGCCUUCUAUUGCUAGCUGGUUUGGUUUUCGAAAAAGUAAACUCCCAGCCUUGAGUGGUAGAAAAGCUGAUGUUUCUAAAGUAAGAACAGAAAAGAAAGAACCAAAGGGUUCAGCUUUUGGAAGCAAGCAAGCAAAAUCAGAAAAAAGAAAAGACAAAAAGAAAACUGAACAGCACUGUGAAGCAGAAAAUGAGCUAAAUAAGAAAGUUCUGAAUUGUGGCAUUUCAGACAGUGUUCCAAAAGGGAAGAAAAUGACAAAAGCCACACACAAUAACCUCAGCCAAACUAGGUGCGAACAAAAAAACAGCUCUGCCACCACAUACUCAGGAAAAGACAGCUUUAUGAAAGAGCUUUUGCACAGAGUUGAUAAGAAAGCAGCCCAGCAGACAGAAAGUGGAUCAAAUAAUGUUUCCUACAGGAAUGUGUCAAAGGGCAGUUCCCAGGGCUCUUCUCUUCCUAGCAACUCUCUUGGCACUCAAGGAAACCAGAAGAAAACCAGCAAAACAAGGGCUGAUAUGGAAAUACCAGAUGAGACACUGAUCAAAGUGGCAACAGAAAACUUCCAAGAGGAUGAAGAGAAUGCCAUCCUUGAGUCAACUUGUCAAACCCACUUAAUAGAAUCGUGCUGCCAAAUGAGGACACUGGACAGUGGAAUAGGAACCUUCCCUCUCCCAGACUCAGGAAACCGCUCGACUGGACGACAUGUUUCUAAACAAGAACUGGAUUUAGAAGCUGAAGUUUUCAUAUCACCCGAGCAAGCUUUUCUUCAGGCUCCUUCUUCUGAGAAAGCCCAAACCCUUGAGCGAGAAGUGCCUUCAACAGCUAGUAAGAACCAGGGAUCUGUGGAGAGCAUAAUAACACAUUCAACAUCAGAUCCUGCCAUGACUACUAAAGGUGUACAGCCUUUUCAGAGUCGCCUUCCAAAGCCAGCUUCUGCAGGAAUAAUGAGCCCUAUGAAAAAAAGUGGACAAGAGGAGAGUUCUCUGACUUCUGCAUCAUUAAAGCAUUCAGAAAAAGCAAAAUGUAGCAACAAGAUGUUUCCAGAUUGGAGCGGCAGAAAAGCUAUUAAAGCCAAGGACAGGGCACUGAGAGUGUGCACUUACUCUGCUAGCAGCAGCAGUGAUACCGAAACAGAACUGGAAUAUGAAACCAAUGAUUUUGGAACUGGAGGGGGAAAGUUAGUAGAUUUAAUGAAGAACAACAAACAAGAAAUUGAAGCAACCUGAAGGAGCAAAAGAAGAUUCUGAAAAGAGGUUAUCUAAAAUUUCACUGGAGUCCCUCAAUAAAUUUAACAGCAGCAGAAGCAUUGUAUUGGAAAAGGAGAGCAAGGUUGAAGGGCAAGAAGAAGAAAAUGGGAAGAAUGAAGAAGUUUCUCUAAAUAGUUCUGAUAGGCAUGGUAUAGACCACUUGGAAUCAUUGAGUGAUUCUUUAUAUGAUAGCUUCUCCUCCUGUGCAAGCCAAGGCUCAAAUGAUGUAUAAAGACACUCUAGAUUGGUGGGCACUGAGUGGAGCACUUAACAAACAGAAGAACUAAAUAAACAAGGAAGAGCCUUUGAAAAUGUUCAAAUUAAGUUGCUAAGACUCAACAGAGCAAUAAUAAGGAAAAAACUGUAUUAUAAAAGAAUGACUAAAAGUUCAACAGUACAACACAGUUGUUACUAAAAAAAAGUCUUAAUUUUGCACUUUUAUGAAUUCUUGUACAGAAGUUGUAAAAAAUGUUCUGGGGGAGGGAAAGAAUUAUAUUUGUAGAAAAACAUGACAGCAAUAAAUAUUAAUUGGUGCCAUGCUCCUGAAAUAACAGGUUACUAACUCUAAACGUUGAUGUUAAUAUUAACAAAGUUAGUAUUUUUUUUGUAAAACAAAGAUUUAUAAAGAUUCUAGUCUUAAAACUGUAUGUAGAAACACUGCUUCAUUGCAAAAUUGAACUUGCCAAAUUAUCUAUAAUGAAUCUCCUUGAACUACAUUGUACAGCAUACAUUUUUAAAAUGCAUAUAUUUGUGCAAUUUUGAAAAUAUUCUCUGUGAACUUGCAUAUUUCUGUUAAUGUUAUUUGGUCAAAACUUCAAAAACUUUCAAGAGAUACUCUACUUAAACUGUAGUCUUCUACCACAAAGACAUGUUGUCUUGAUUUAACUUUGAUAUGAUUUCAUCUUAAUCCUGUUAAUCUGAGAAUCAUGGAAUAAAAUGCAAUUUAGAUUUGUAA